AUGGAGGCCAUCAAAACAACAUUUUCGCGACUUUUGGUCAAGUCGUCGUCGCGGGUAGAACCAAGUCAGCAAUAUGUCGAUGACGAAAGCCGAGAAUACGCUGAAGAUGAACAAAGACAAGGCUUCCUUAAGUCCAAGGAAGAAGGCGAGCCCGUUGAGUUUGGGAACAUAUCCGCGAAUACCGCCAACAGGCCAUAUUCCGUGUCCAUAUAUCGCGUCGUGGGGAUAGUCGUCACCGCCGUCAUCUUGACAGCGGCUGCGUCACUCUUCUUUGCCCGGGCCUCCGUGCCACAUCCCGCGAAAGUUGGUAAUUACCAAGAUGUUUCCGAGCACGCGACCGAGGUUCUCACGGAGCUAGUUGCGCACGCCAAACCGCCGCAGUUCCGCAUGAAAUCUCCGUGCGGCUCGACGCCGGAAGAGGCCAAGGCUCGAGGAUGUCACUUUGACACGAUAUCUUUUUGUUGGCUGCCCAGCGAGUGUUACGAUCGGGAAUUGGUGGACUCGUUUGAGGCGACGAGAAAUUGGCAUUAUUAUGCGGAUCCCGAGGGAAAGCAAAUCAUCAGUCACGAAGAACUUGUGGGUGGUCACGGUAACCACCUUUGGGUUAGCUGGGAGUACCAUUUGAGGCACUGCGCCUAUAUGUGGUUUAAAUUCCAAAGGGCCGUGUUGGCUAGGGGCAACCCGGAAUUUCCGCAGAUUGACAGCUACAUUGCUAGCCUCAAUCAUACUGUCCAUUGUUCCACGAUAUUAUUGACUGAUCGCGACGUCGCCUUCCCUACUCUCAACACGGAGACCAAGGUAAAAUAUCCAGAUUGUGGGUUAAUCGGGAUAUAG